AUGUCUCCGACACCACCAUCGACAACCUCGUCGAGCGCUGGCGCAUUCUCCCCGGAAGGGCAAUUCAGAGUCAUUAGGAAAAGAAACCGAGUUCCUCUGUCAUGUGCGCCGUGUCGGCAUCGGAAGCUGAAAUGCAACCGUGCUCAUCCCUGUGAGAAUUGCAUCAAGCGAGGCGAUGCGACUUCCUGCUCGUACGCCCAAGCGAGUGCGCGGAAAAAGAACGUGUCCCAACCGUCGGCUUCGAGCUCCCCUGAUGAUAUGCAGAACAGGAUCGAUCGAUUGGAGAGCUUGGUGCUGUCGCUCAUGACGAAUGGAUCCCAAUCGGCAGGCCCCGCGGCCGCGAUGGCCGCGAUCUCUGGCAAUAGCAGUAGCACGGGGUCUGCACCGCACACAGGGGAUAUUGACAUAGAAGACGAGACGCCUGGGGGUCCCGACGAAAGCGAUACCGAACAGGUUACAAAGUCGUUUGGUAUUAUGAAAGUCGACAACAACAAGUCCUAUUAUAUCAGUGAAGUGCAUUGGGCGUCGGUUCUCAGCGAUAUUGCCGAAGUUCGAAAUUACUUCCAUACGCACAAGAAACAAUAUGAGGAGCAGACCGAGAAGUUGAAGACAACUCAGCUUCCCACUGACGUCCAGGGAUCUGCUUUACUCUUCGGGGCUAUGAAACCUGCGAGUCGGGCGGAAAUAAUGUCCUCCUUUCCCUCUAAAUAUACGACCGAUAUGUUGAUCGCGCGGUAUUUCAGUUGCUAUGAUCCAUCAACACAUAUCCUGCAUGGGCCCACCUUUCAGACACAAUAUAACAAACACUGGGAAGAUCCGUCCCAGACCUGCACCAUUUGGAUUGGCAUGCUUUUCGCCAUGAUGCGACUGGCCAUGCUCUCGUACCACCGCGACGGAGAUGAGCCUCCGGAAUUCAGGGGCAAGUCCCUAGAUAUGGCUGGCACUUUCAGGAGCCUUGUGGCUCAAUGUCUUACCUUGGCUGACUAUACCAAACCAUUCCCGUAUGUGAUUGAGAGUUUGAUCUUUCAUCUUCAUGGUGACUUCUGUCAAACCAGGGAAGCAGAUGUGUCGGUGUGGGUUCUUGUUGGGGUGAUUGCGCGAUUGGCCAUGAGGAUGGGCUACCACCGUGACUCGAAGAUGUUCCCAAAUAUCACACCUUUCCAGGGCGAGAUGCGCCGUCGCGUUUGGACAUUCGUACGGCAGGCGGACCUACUGUUCUCUUCUCAAGUCGGGUUGCCUAGUAUGAUUCGCUCCACUGAUAGUGAUACUGAGCUUCCACGAAAUUUGUACGACGACGACUUCGAUGAGAAUUGUCAGGAGCUUCCGCCCUCACGUCCGGCGAAUGAACCGACGCCCAUAUCGUUUUUGAUCGCUAAAGCACGGCUCACGUACACCUUCGGCCACGUUGGCGAGCAGGCUUCACGUCUUCAGAGUGCAUCCUCUUACGACAAAGUAAUGGAGCUCGAUGCCGAGCUCCGCCAAGCUCGGGAUCUAAUCCCAGAGCACCUUCUUGUUCGCCCUAUCGAGGAUUGUCCAUUAGACUCCCCGAACUUGAUCAUGUCACGAUUUGCAGUUGUGAGCGUGUACCACAAAGCACAAUGCGUUCUUCACCGACAGUAUCUUAUCCGAGCGCGUGAAAAUCCCCGAUUCACAUACUCGAGGCGGACCUGCAUUGACUCUGCAAUGGAACUGCUGCGAUACCAAUCGAUGCUUCACAACGAGACCCGACCCACAGGUCGUUUGCGCAGUCGAUACAACAAGCUGACCUCUCUUGGCUCUUCUGAUUAUCUACUCGCCGCAACCAUUCUUUGCCUCGACCUAUACCAUGGGCAGCAACUUCAGGCGUCUGGUCGAACCUCUAGCGAUUCUUAUGCCUGGGGCCGGGAACGGCGGGAAGAAAUGGUGGCUGCACUCCAACGAACCCAGGAGAUUUGGGAUGAGCUUCGUGAUGAGACAAUCGAUGCAUGGAAAGCUGCUGGAGCUCUAGGAGUGAUGCUUCCCAAGCUGAACCUGGGAUUUGCCGAAAACAACACUGCGCCGGCGCCGGCGUUUGAGCCGCAGGAUGAGAAACAAAGCGCCGCAAUGACAUUGGGACUUUUGAGCAGUGGGAUGAGCCCCAUGACUACAAGUCAAUCAGCUCUUAAUGAUUCAACAUACAAGGUGGCAGAUACGCCACUGCCCAUGCAAGGCGGUUUCACCAAUGCUGCAGAGAUUCCGGGGGCACCUUCGCCCUUCAGCGCGAUGUUUGGGCAGGUGCCUGACAUGCAGUUGAAUCUAGACUGGGACGCCUGGGAUACUUACAUUCAGAGUUCAGCAAUGGAUAUUCCCUCGCAAUGGUGGCCGUCCGGAGACAUGCAACAGCAGCAAGCGGGACAAAGUCCUUUACCAUCAACACAAUUGCCCACAGCACAGAACAGCGCUCCUGACAGAAUGCGUCCCAUGCCUCGCGGCCCGAAUAUGUUCACUCCGGACGCUACUAGCUAUGAGAACAACAACGUCGCCAUGUCUACGGCAGGCUAUCCUGUCAACCCGUCACAUCUUAACAACCCAGGUAACGGUCCAGGGACUUAG